AGUUCCCCAAACCAUCCAAAGAUAGCUCACAACCAAGCUCCCCCACAUUAAUUGACAGGGGGAAAAGGAGUUCAUCAUUACCGUCAUGAAUGGUCUUCGCAUGGACGAGCUUUCCGCUGAGGUCGAGGUCUUGGAAUCGAAGCUAUCCAAGACUGCAGACCUCUCCACCAAGAUCGCCCUAAGCUUGAAAAAAUUAUCAGCAAGUGCACAGAAUGUCGAACAGGCAGUUAAACCUAUAUACAACAAGACGCAGUCGUUAACAGUCCUUUCCGGGAAUAUCGAUGAAGCAAUAUCGGCAAUAGAUAGGGUGCGCCAACCUACAGACGCAGUAUCGAAAGAGGAGGGCACAAUUCGUCAAGGGCCUUCCAAGACCGGCCUAACUGAAUACCUCGCCUCGCUAAGACGGAUCAAUGAGGCUCUAUCGAGUCUGAAGAAAUCGAACUUACGAAGCUCUCAGAAAGCCGUUACUCAAAUGACGGGCCUUUUGAAAGCGGGGAGCCUACAACUCGAAGACCUAUUUAGACAAGCAUUAGCCGAAGGUUCUAAAUCUGUAGAACCUCUACAUUUCAUUACCAAAGAACUUCCGUUUCCGACUUUCCAGCCCCAGAAAAUCAACAUGUUGGCUGUACUGAACGAUUUCCUUUCCUCGACCCUUGCUGCCUCAGCUGGGAUACAGUCAAAUGCGCCCCAGGUAUAUGCAGAAGUGCGUGGGCCCUACAUCACCAACUCAUUGGCAUCCCUGGCUUUGGCUACAGUAAGCACUACCCGCCGAACAUCUGCUGCUCCUUAUGACAAGGGGUCAAACGGCAUAUCGGUGUAUACCAAUGCCCUAGAAGCUAUUUUUGAGGCUGAAUACGAGAAUAUCUGUCAACUCUUCCCCACCCCAGAAUGGUCUCGGGUGUACAUUGCUACAACUGCAAUGCCUAUGGGAGUAUUCAAAAAGACAGUUGCAGAUCUAAACGUGUUCGUCAAGCAAAAUAUGGCCACGGACUGCUUCCUUGCUUUUGAUGUUAUCGAAAACGUCCAGCCGGCAAGCGUUAGGCUAAAAACUAAAACAGGUGAACAAAAGGAGUUUGCUGAAGCACUGAAGCCACUCAGAACUACAGCGCAGAGUAGCUUCUCAUAUUUCUUGGAGGAUAUAAAGAAGACUGGCCAAGGACUUAUUGCAUUACCCCUGGAUAAUACUGUUGCAGAAAUGACCGUGAACGUGAUGUCUCGUCUUAGGCGGAUGGCAGACUAUCCCAACGCUAUUUCUAGCCUUUUGGUAUCCUUGGGUGAGGGUAACUGGAAUCGCCCUUAUACAGCACCAGCAGUCAUUCCCCCAUCUUUCGAUGUAGGGGCCGAUGGAACACUUCUUCUUUCAAACUUCUGUUUGGACGCCAUAGAUCAGCUUAUCCAUGAGCUCGAACAAAAAGCUCGCGUUAUGAUUAAGAAGAACUCUACGGUAGCUGUCUUCAUGGUCAACAACGUUCACUUCAUCGAGAGCAACAUUCGUACAAGUGACCUUCGCAAGAUCAUGUCAAAUCAAGCGCAGGCCAAGGUCGAGAAAUGGAGGAAGGAUGCUGUUAAGAUGUACAUGGAGCAAUGGAAGGAAUGCGCUGCAUUCUUGAUGGAUGUUACUUAUACUAAACAGCAGUCUGGUGGAAGGCUCAAUCUCAACAGCAAAGAGAAGGAAGGUGUCAAAGAGAAGUUCAAGAACUUCAAUACGGUUUUCGAAGAGCUUAUUCAGAAGCAUAAGUCAUACACAUUUCCGGACAAGGAAGUGCGAACGAUGCUCUCCAAGGAGAUUGGGUUUAUUGGGCCAUUAUAUGGCAGAUUUUACGACAAGUAUAAAGACUUGAUGAGGGAUAAAUAUGUGAAAUACGACCGCCAUCAGUUGGAUACCAUGUUAGCUCAGCUAUAGGAAAGUGCAAGAGUAUAAUUCCGAUAUUGGUUUGUGGUUGGGAUUCCUUGGCUGGCGGUUCUCCGUGGUGGAAUAUGUACUUUAAUCGUUGGUUUAUGGG